AUGGGUGGAAAGUACCAACUUUUCUCAGAGUUCAUCUCAGGUGUCACCCGAAUUGGAGCCUCUCUGGCGCCCAAAUACAUUGCCCAGAAGGAAGAUGCCAUUCAGGGAACCCCAGGUGUUUUGAAGAUGAAAAGGAAGCCGGAGCGCCCGCCGUUCGGUAGCCGCCGGCGGCUGGAGAUAAAGAGCGGCCGAAAACCUGCGCGUUGGCCGAGGCGGGGCUCCCGCGGCGCAGCCGCGCUCCAGGUGAGCCCCCGGCUCGCGCGCGUUUCCGUUGUGUGUGUUCCCCGGGCGCCUGGAACCUCGGUGAAGCCGUGUGGAGGAGAUGGGGGAAACCCGGCGCCACCUCUCGCUGCCAGGCACCGACUGUCUGGUCCCCCCUGCCCCAGCCCCGGCACGGGUAUCGACAGCCGCCGGGGACAGGAAUGCUCUCCGCGCACGGUCCACGAAGAGGACCAUCGGAGAGGAACCUCGUGGCACCGCCAUCCCCGCCAGCUCAGUCAGGCUUCGGGGUUCUCUGUGCGCCCCGCUGGCCUGACCGUUUAUCUGGCAGCUCCUGACUCGGCUCGGUCCCCAAGCUACGGAGUCGGGAAGCAGCAGGUUCGUGAGUGGAGCCCAGCCUUAUAUGGACUGAUCGCUCGGGCAAUGGCCCAUUUUUUCCUCGCCACCAGCCGCCACCGCGCGCCGAGCGGCCGCUGGAGCCCAAGCUGACGCCGCCUUGGCACCUCUCCUGGAGUUACAAACUAAGGCCGGGCCGGCGCUAGGCGCUCAGGCUGCCCAGCUCCCUGCGUCCAUUUCCGCGUGCUUCCAGAGAAGACAGAGGCUCUGAGUUGGGCUUUAUUCCGCCCCCCCUUUCCCUACUGGUUCUUUCUCUUAUUUAAAAAAAUAAUAAUU